AUGCUCGGUGCUGGAGACCCGGGUGGGGGUCCACAAGACCAUCUUCCAUCACCAGAAGAACAGGACCAGCUCAAGAGGAGUAAGAAGAAAGUGAGAAAGGAUGGAGAGGGAUUUUCGGGAACCCAAAUCCUUGUCCCAAGAGUUGAAGACUGGAUGUAUGAAGAAGAGGAUGCUGCCGAUAAGCCGCAUGGGACGGAACGCACUUUUGCCCAAAUGGUAAAGGGAAGCCCAAUGAAAAAUCAGAAGGAACGAGAAAAGGUAGGAGAGGAUGAAAACCUUCCAAGCACUGAAAGUAUGCUCGAAGAAGAGGGAAUCAGAGUAGAAGAAGUGGAAGGUGGAUUAUUUAAUAUCAUUAUUAGUGAAAACACCGAGAGAAAACUUUGGAAACCUUGGUGGGACACUUUGAUAGUGAAACUCCUAGGAAGAAGACUGGGAUAUGCAGCAAUGAAGAGGAGGCUAGUGAAUAUGUGGGGCAAGAAAGGAACCAUAGAUGUCAUAGAUCUAACUAAUGACUACUACCUAGUUAAAUUCUAUGCUAAUGAGGAUUUUGAUUUUGCUUUACUAGAAGGACCAUGGAAGGUGUAUGACCACUACCUUACAGUGAGGUUUUGGGAGCCUAAUUUCAAUCCAUUAAAGGCAUCCAUAGACAAGGUAACAGCAUGGAUAAGAUUACCAGGUUUACCUAUAGAGAUGUAUGACAGAACCAUCUUAAGAAAGAUAGGUAACCUGGUUGGAAGAACAGUGAAAGUAGACAAUACUACAGCUGAAAGGAGUAGAGGCAAGUUCGCACGAGUAUGUGUUGAGGUAGAUGUAACAAAACCUUUGAUGGGAAAAUAUAUGAUAAAUGGGGAGGUUUAUCAUGUGGAAUAUGAGGGUAUUCAUCAAAUUUGUUUCAAUUGUGGGAAGAUAGAUCAUGAACAAGCCAACUGUCCUACUAAGAAAGAUAGAGUGGAAGUCUCAAAGGGGGAUCAAGAUAAACAACAAACCAAUAUGGAGAAGAACCAACAAGAAAAUCUGCAAGUGAACACUGACAAAAUAGAGAGUAAUAACAAGUUAGAUAAAGGGAAACAAGUGGUGCAAGACACUAAUGAUAUUUAUGGUGGCUGGAUGGUGGUGCAAAGACCAAGAAGAAAUGAGAGGGGAAAUAGAAGAGAGAGCUCUAAGAUAAAUGGGGAAACAAGCAAAACUAAUGGUGACAAUCAAAGCAAAUACAACCAAUCCAGGUUUAAGGUGCUACAAGAGGAAGAAACAGCAAAGGGACAAGAAGAAAGGGUAAAAGAGACACCAGAAGAACCAAGAGACCAGGAAAAUGGAAAAGAGAGCAUCCAGAUGAGGAACAAGCGUAGCACACAACCUGAAAAGAAGAAAGAAGGAACAAACAGUCAGAGCAGCAGGAAAGAAAUACAUACAGCAGAACACAGCAACAGCAAAGAUAAAAAUAAUACAGGAAACACAGCUAUAGAUCAACCAAAUACCGAAAAAAUAGAGAAGAAAAGAGAGGGAGGAAUACAGAAAAUGACUACAGAGACAGAUACAGAAAUGGCCAUUGUUCACCACCAAGAAAAUUGGGUGGAAAAUAUCGUUUCAUCCCAAAUUAUUGCGGAAGAGGAAAUAGAAACUACCAUGCAAAAUCCACCUAAUGAAGGGAGACCACCAGAUCCUAUGUCUAUUGUGGAAGAUAGAGGUGAUAAUAUGGAAUUGGAGAACUUGGAGAAGGACCCUAACCUAUCUCUGCUUGCGGGAGUAGACUUUACUACGCCUGAAUCCAGUGCCCUUCGAGACACUGAAAUGCAAAUCAACUGA